CUUUUAAACAUCUGACACCACACUACAAAAUUGUAAAAGGAAGUAAAAACAUAAAAUUAACUUCCUAUCGCUAAAUAUCAAGCAAAUUUAAUUUAUAAUCUGGUCUUUCGUGUGACGAGAGGGUGUGGGUGCGCCUACUCACCCUCCAAAACACUACCUUGCAUUGUCUUUGACAAGGUUGUGGGUGUACCGACCCGCUGCAAGAUUAACAUGAUUCCCACGUGCUCCACGUGUCUCGCGCCUUUCGACGGCACGGUCCCCCCACCCGUCAAAGAAAUACGGUCCACCAUUGACGAUGAUAACUUUCCCUUCUGCAUCCUGCCCGAUUAUGACGAUAACAAUCAACGGGACUCGUCUUCUUCUCGCCAAAUUUCAAUCUGCGCCGCCUUAUCGACCCUUUUCGACCCAAUUUCGCCCUCGUCAUCCCCACUUUUUCGAAAUAGAAAGGGAAUUAUCAUGUGUUCCUCUUGUGCGGAAAGUUUAACCCUGGUUUACAACAAUUAUAAAGAAUUUAUCGCCCUAAUCCACCCAGAGUCGGAGGUCGGGAAGAAAUUGGGACGUCUUGAAGGUCAAAAGGUGACGUCUUCGCCAGUAUUAGAUAAGAAGUCUGAAUUAGGAGAAAAGUCAGGGCCGCUGAUAAGCUCGGACGCCAAGAGGGGACGUGGUCGUCCGCGAAAAAGUCAAGUUUCGGGGGAGGUUGGACCUGAUAUUAAACUCCCCAGUGAUAACCUGCCUUCGGUGGAGGUCCCAGCAACUCAAAAGAGGGGACGUGGUCGCCCACCGAAAUUUCCACAAAGUUUAAAAAGUCAGAUUAAGGAAUCGCCACUCCCGUCCUCGCUCUCUGCUAGAAAGAAGAAACCACGGCUUGAAGAGCCCGACCUAAUCGAUGAGCUUAUCUUCGACCCCCAAUCCGUUUGUGUGAAAGACGAGCCAAUGUCGGACUUGGACUUGGACUUCAUGGACGGAAGCGACGUAAUGGAAGGGUGCUUUGAAAACGUGUCCAUUUCUGAACACGGCCACGACGAUGACGAGGACGACGAAAUGGAUUGCAAAAAGGUCACCCCCCUUGUUCCACUACCCACUACGCGACGAUCUUCUACUCGGAAUACGAAAUCCUACGUGAAGGAAGACAAUCACAAAUUUGAACCAGAUUUCGAAAAACUGGAAAAUUCCAACGACAACAUUUUUGAAGAUGAAGAAUCGUCCUCAUCAUCGGAGGACUCGUCCGAUGAAGAUUUUACACUGCCAGCCAAUAAAAUAGUCGACUUAAAGAAGGAUGAGAAUUCACCCUCAGAUGAUUCAUCGGAUUCUGACGACGAGGAUCAAGACUACACCCCCUCCCAAACCACCAACCCUAGAGCCGCCCCUCCAAUCAUCUCCGGGGGCACCUUCACCUGCCCCACCUGCUCGGCCACCUUCGCCCACCUGAAAUCCUACCGUCGCCAUUACCUCUCCACCCACGCCAAGGUUUCCUACUCCUGCCCCAAGUGCGAUAAGCGCUUCACCCGCGAAGACCACGUGCUCACGCAUCGCCGCGGCGUGCACGGCGAAACAGUCGCCUCCAUCAGUGCUGCACGACGACGCGAAAAACGUUCCAAACCGCGCUACCCGUGCCCCGCCUGCCCCUCAAAAUUCCACUCUGCCCCGCUUCUCGACGCCCACCUGUCCUCCUCCCAUGGGGACGAUCCAACCCCGUGGAAAUGUUCCAGGGAAAAUUGUACCCUCACCUUUUCGACACGACCAGAACUCUCCGCGCACACGAGGUCAUCCCAUCGCGCCCUGGAACGGGCGACCUGUUCCGUUUGUGGGAUCCAGGUCAGGGACAAAUACAAGCUGAAGAAACAUCAAGUUAGAAUCCAUCACGUGCGGGUGCUUGGCAAGGAUUUCGAGGCGUCCAAAAAAUGGGGGUGUGACCAGUGUGGGAAACGCUACCAGAAAGAGUACGCUCUAAUCGAGCACAAAAUCUCCCACGGGAUCGGAGCCCCGCACAAGUGUGCCGUUUGCGGGGGGAUUUUCAAGCAUAAAAAGAGUCUCGAGCGGCACGAGCGGAUUCAUGAGGGGAGGUUUGAUUUUCCUUGUGGGGAGGAAGGGUGUGAUAAGAGCUUUAUGCGGAAUGAUAAGAGGAGGAAUCAUUGGAGGAGGGUGCAUAAUAAGGGGGAAGGGGUGGGAGUGGGGGGAGAGGGAAGAGAGGGGGUGAGGGGAGAGGGUGAGGGGGUGAAAAGGGUAGUUGUGAAGAAGGAGAAGGUUAAGAAGCACAAGAAUGGGGAGGAGAUUGCAUGCGCGGAAUGUGGGAAGAUGGUGAGGAAGUAUAAUAUGAAAUUGCAUAUGGUUACGCAUACGGGCGAGAAAACCAAACUCUGCUACAUCUGCGGGCGCAGUUUCAGUUGUCAAUCCGGCCUAAACACCCACAUCAAGUACACCCACCAGGAAAAGGAGCCGCUCCAAUGCACCAUUUGCGGCGUCCUGUGCAAACGUCCCAAAGACAUGAGGGCCCACUACGCCCUGCACGACUUGGGCGAGGAACGACCCUACGUUUGCCAAGUGCCCGGAUGUGGGAAAGGAUUUAGGUCCGAGAAAACCCUCAAGUCUCACAACAUCGUCCACACCCCGGAAAAAGGGUUCCACUGCACGUACCCAAAUUGUGGCAAGUCUUUCAACCGGGUCGACAACAUGCGCGCGCACGUGGCCGGGGUGCACGAGGGGAAACAGGUCAGAAAGAAGAGACCCCCACCACCACGCCCACCGCGACAAGGGCAUGGCGACAACUCGGCGACGACGACAAGACCCAGAUUUAAAAUUAAUAAGACAAGGAAAAGGCGAAGGAGAGAGCCUUCAGAGUCGUCUAGUUCGAUAGAUUAUGAGCAAGAUGAGUACAUUUUACCGACACAAAUUCAUGCAAAUUCGCGAGGAAUUAAUUCAAAUGAUCCUUUGAAUCCGAAUGCAAGUAUUUUUCCUCCACCACAUUUAUUAGCACAGUUUUCUUCUAAUCCUACUUCUUCUUACUAUUGAAGAUGAAAACUAUUUUUGUACGGUGUGGAUAAUGUCCAAAUCCGAUUAGUGAGUUACUACUAUUAGUAAAUAAUUGUUUGUUAAUCGGCCAAUUUUUGAAUAUUAUUUAUAUUUAAAGUUCAUGCAAAUUUUUGGUUUAAAUAUGUAUGUGAAUAUGUAUGCAAUCGUAUGUAGACUG